AUGUUUCCCCUCCUACCCCUCCUCCUCCUCCUCCUCCAUCUCACAUCACCUACAUCUUCUUCCUCUGUCAACGCUAAACCUGACCUUGCCUCUGACAAUAACAUCCUCCCCGACAACAUCCAAACUUAUUCAGUCAUGUCUGUUGGAACCUACUCUCUUCCGGCGCUGCCGUACGCCUACGAUGCCCUUGAGCCCAGCAUCUCGGCUCAAAUCAUGGAACUUCACCACUCAAAGCAUCACCAAGCCUACGUAACAAACCUCAACGCCGCCCUCAAGAACUACGCCACCGCUACUUCAUCCAGCGACAUCGCCGGCCAGAUCGCCCUCCAGUCUGCCAUCAAGUUCAACGGCGGCGGCCACAUCAACCACUCCCUCUUCUGGGAGAACCUCUGCCCCUCCAGCUCUCCAGGCUCCAAGCCCGACAGCGCCCCCACGCUCGGCGCUGAGAUCUCAAAGACGUGGGGCAGCAUCGAGGCUUUCCAGGAGACCUUCAAGAAGACUCUGCUGGGACUGCAGGGCAGCGGCUGGGGAUGGCUGGUCAAGGACACGCAGGGCUUGCGUAUCGUUACCACCAAGGACCAGGAUCCUGUCGUGGGAGGGGAGGUGCCCAUUUUUGGCGUCGAUAUGUGGGAGCAUGCCUACUACCUGCAGUACCUGAACGGAAAGGCUGCCUAUGUUGACAACAUCUGGAAUGUUAUCAACUGGAAGACGGCCGAGGCUCGCUUCACUGGCUCCCGUGAGGAUGCAUUCAAGGUCCUCCGAGCUUCCAUCUAG